GGACGGUUUACCGCUAGUUACUUCCCUUAACUGAGGGCCACCUUUAAUUCAAUUGACCGUGUAUGUUUAUGGUUCUGCAUAGUGGCUAAAGGCAGUCCUCCCAUUUGUGGAAUCUCUGCCCUGUCAUCAUUCACCUGUUACUAUUCCGAAGACCAUCGUGGUUACGUGACAACUAAAUAUAAAUUCAAAUUGCUGAUGUACUGCUGUCGAUGAUAGUAUUGAUGCGUCGCCUCUUAACUCUAUCGCUCUGCCGUCAUUCUCUGUGUAAACAGGGUGUCAACAAUGAUAACGCUGGCAUCUUAGUACUCGCCGCCACAAACAUUCCUUGGACGUUAGACUCGGCUAUUCGUCGUCGUUUCGAGAAGCGUAUCUACAUCCCACUCCCCGAGGCUUCAGAACGUUGCGAUAUUUUCCGUUCUCAUUUGAGUCAGACUACUCAUACGCUAACUCAAAAGGAUUUCAAGAGACUCGGCGAACUCACCGAUGGCUAUUCGGGAGCUGAUAUAGGAAUUGUGGUUCGUGAAGCCCUCAUGAUGCCGGUGCGAAAGGUCCAAUCGGCCACUCACUUCAAGCUGGUCUCCGGUGUUUCUCCUCUGGAUCCGUCACAGGUUGUGUCUGAUCUUCUCACUCCUUGUUCACCCGGUGAUCCUGGGGCCAUGGAAAUGUCCUGGUCGAAUGUACCAAGUGAUAAGUUAAAGGAGCCUCCUGUUUCAAUGAUCGAUAUGCAACAUGCUUUGCAGCGGAAUAAGCCCACGGUGUCCAAGAACGAUUUGGUCAAACUGCAACAAUUCACAGAAGAAUUCGGGCAAGAGGGGUCAUGA